GUUACUGCUUGGCAUGGGUUAUCAAUUUAUUGCAACACAAUAGAAUUGCCGGUCAUCUUUUUUUCUUUUUAUUAUUAUUAUUCGAUAUAACGAAUAAGGUUCAAAUGAAGUGUUUUUAUCUGUAUGAGAUCGAUUGUUGAAGUUUGAUUCCUACUUAAGCUGAUUGUUAAGUGUGUCAAUAGCACUUUUGAACACCCUUAAUAAUCCUGGUUGUCAUAGUGGCUAACAUUAAAUUAGUAAAAGUUAUUAACAUUAUUAAAAGAGCUAUAGGUUUUUCUCAAGUCACCAGAAUCAGUAAUCUAAAUCUAGAGAAGAAGCUUUACAAAUCUGUGGACAGAAAAAUGUUUCGGGAUGGUUGGAUUAUUUUAAAUCAAGUACCAAUCCAUGUUUGUACAUGGGGCUGUUGGAUUGAAGACUCCAUCCCUGGAGAUAGUGUUUUAUUGUUUAUUACAGGUAACCCUGGAAUUGUUGACUUUUAUUUCCAAUUUCUAUCCACUCUACAGCCUAUGGUCGAUAUGCCUGUAUGGGUUUUAAGCCACGGAGGUUUUGAGUCCUCUCCUUAUGCAUUGGAAGUACCUGAUAUUAAAAGUAACCCAGAACUUUAUUCUGUAGCUGGCCAAACAAAGCAGAAAAUUGAAUUUAUUGAAAAAUACAUUCCAGAAUCUAAAAAGAUUUAUUUGAUUGGGCAUUCAGUUGGAGGAAAGAUUUCUGUGGAAUUACUUAAAGACGAUAAAUUAGCGAAAAGAAUUGAGCAGGCACAUCUAAUCUUUCCUGUUCUUGAAAACAUAAGUCAAACUCCCAAUGGAAAAUUAUAUACUAGUUUUGUGCAGCACAUAGUGCCUUUUCUAGUAUUCCUGGCAUGGAUAUUCUCUGUACUACCAAAAACGUUUCAAUCCUAUUUGGUUCAAUUAUUUUUUCGAAGUAACUGGACUUGUACUAAAGAACAUUGUGCCGAUGGAUUAAUCAAACUUUUUACAUCCCAGUCAUCCAGUGCUGCUCUUCAUUUAGCUUUAGAUGAGAUGGCAACUAUUAAGGAUUUAGAUAAUGAGGUAUAUGAAAAGCACUGUUCCAAAAUUUAUAUUUACUAUGGACAAAACGAUAGGUGGGCUCCUCUGGAUCAAUACCAUCACAUUAUGCAGCUUCAUCCAAAGAUCAAUGGAACGUUACUUGAGGAAAAGUUCACUCAUGCAUUUGUUUUAACAACCCCUAUCGAUAUGGCACAACUAUUAAGCAAAAUAAUUAGGCCAUCAAUUUUUGAAGCUGGGGCAGUUAGCUAAUGCAAGAUACACCUUAUUUAUUAUAUUUAUUGAUUUUUUUUUAUGUUCAGUUAUUCUGCUUAGCUGGUAAAUUAUUAUUAUCUAUGACUCUCAGUUAAUAACCAUUUAAGUACCAAUAAAUAUUUUAUGUUAUAAUCCAGUUAUAUUUGUUAUAGCUGAAAAUACUCAUAGUGUUGCAUUUUCAAAGCAAUUUGGUUUGCUUGGUCUAUGUGAUAAUGCAAACUGGUCUCAAAACCCUUCAGUUAAUGUGAUACUGAUUUUUUAAAUCACAAUUUUAAUAUGAUUUCAUCCAGUUCAUCCUGACUUCUUGAAAAUUUUAAAUUUUGGUACUUAAAUGGUAUAGUUAACUAAUUUGGCAUGUGACGUUUGCAUGGAAUAGUUCGACAAUAUCUAAUAAGUAAUCUGUGAUUCAACGUAAUAUUUUAAAUUCUGUGAUUUAAACGAAUAUAUUUGCUUUUGUGAUUUUGAAACGUGAUUAAUUUAUUAGUGAUACUACUUUUAUUUUUGUAGGUUUAUAAAAACAUUUAAAUUGUUAUGUUAUUUUUUUUUUUUGGUGAAAAUAUUUAUUAUUUGACUUUUGUAUUUAUGAUGUGAAAACACAAUAAAAAAUUAAAAAG